UUACCUUCUUCUUUCUGUCUGUUGAAGCCACCUUAAGCCAGCAAUUGUCAUAAACAUCGACUAGUAACAAAUUUAGUCACAAUUUACACGGGAAUAAAAGCGGUUAUAAAACGUUAAUAACGGAUUAGGCGUUUCAAACAAGAAAACUAAAAUUUAACAUAGUUUAGUUUAAAAAAUCCAGGAAAAAUAAUACAGAUUGAAAUAAAUUCUAAAACAUAGAGUUGAAGAUGUUCAAGUUGGGCAUAUUUCUUCUACCAGUCCUCUUAGUUGUUGUUUGCCUGCUGCGAUCAGCGAAUGCCACUGUACAACCAAGAGCGCCAAAUUUUCAAUAUUUUGAAAGACCGAAGUAUCGCUACCCUUAUUAUGAUUCCAACGGACGUGGUAAAUUAUUAUAUGGAUAUGGUGGACCAGAUCUAUAUCAGUACAAAACUUAUACCCCACUUGAAGGCAUACAUUGAAAUUCAGGCAUAAUAGUCAAUAUUUAUUAAUUAGUUAGUUAAUUUAUUUUAUAAGAUUUUAAAAAGCAAAUUAAAUAUUUUUUAUGCAUUUUUAUUAAUUAUAUGUGUAGUUUCAAUAAAAUAUAUUUUUCGAUUUUCAUUUCCGUAAUGUAAAUACAGUUUUGAAAUUCUCUACUUUCUUAUUUUUUUAAUACAUAAUUAGUUUUUUUUAAUAUUAUUUAUUCUACACACUUUAU